GCCGCGCCACAAAGGGCCCGCGCGCAGCCGCCGCCGCCGCCGCCGCCGCGCGAGGAGCCAGGAUGGUCCUGGUCCACGUCGGCUAUUUCGUGCUUCCAGUGUUUGGCUCUGUGCGAAACAGAGGUGCCCCAUUUCAAAGGUCUCAGCAUCCUCACGCUACCUCCUGCCGCCACUUCCAUCUGGGCCCCCCCCAGCCGCAGCAGCUCGCUCCCGACUUCCCCCUGGCCCACCCGGUGCAGUCGCAGCCGGGCCUCAGCGCCCACAUGGCCCCGGCCCACCAGCACAGCGGCGCCCUGCAUCAGUCGCUGACCCCGCUGCCCACCCUGCAGUUCCAGGACGUCACAGGUCCCUCCUUCCUACCUCAGGCCCUGCACCAGCAAUACCUCCUGCAGCAGCAGCUCCUGGAAGCUCAGCACCGCAGGCUCCUCUCACACCCCAGGCGGAGUCAGGAGCGAGUGUCUGUCCACCCUCACCGCCUCCACCCCAGCUUCGACUUCGGCCACCAACUACAGACACCUCAGCCCAGGUAUCUGGCUGAGGGCACUGACUGGGAUCUCAGUGUGGACACCGGCUUGAGUCCCGCUCAGUUCCAGGUGCGGCCCAUGCCCCAGCACUAUCAGCAUUACCUAGCGACUCCUCGAAUGCACCACUUUCCCCGAAACUCCUCCUCCACGCAGAUGGUCGUCCAUGAAAUCCGAAACUACCCUUACCCUCAGCUUCACUUCCUUGCUCUCCAGGGACUGAAUGCCAGCAGACACACCUCCGCUGUGCGGGACAGCUAUGAGGAGCUGCUGCAGCUCGAGGACAGGUUGGGAAAUGUGACUCGGGGAGCUGUACAGAACACCAUUGAGAGGUUCACCUUCCCCCACAAGUACAAGAAGCGAAGACCCCAGGAUGGCAAGGGCAAGAAGGAAGAGGGGGAGGAGUCAGACACAGAUGAGAAAUGCACGAUCUGUCUGUCUCUGCUGGAAGAUGGAGAAGAUGUGAGGCGCCUACCCUGUAUGCAUCUCUUUCACCAACUGUGUGUGGACCAGUGGCUCGCCAUGAGCAAGAAAUGCCCCAUCUGCCGAGUGGACAUUGAGACACAACUGGGAGCUGACAGCUGAGGGAGGAAUUAGCCAGUGGACACCCCAUUUUCCUUCACCAGGUCCCCCCACGGCCAUAGCCCUUGCAGCCAAACUUUGCCUUCUGAGCCAUUUGAUGUAGAGGAAAAGCCUGCAAGCACAUUUUGUGGAAAGAGGAGUUGGUGGUAUCCGUGUCUGAGGAAAGGAGGGGGUGGGGGAGGCCCACCUGUCCAGAGUGGUGACUGCCCCGUCCGUCCGUCCAUGUCCAUCCACCUGCUUUGCGGGAGGGAGGGAGCUGGCAGUGCCCGGAGCAGGGGUGGGAAGGGGGGGCCCAUGCUGCUGAGAAUCUAGAUGUGAUCCUGCAGGUCCUAGCUGAUAGCCCGGCCCCUCAAUCCUGUCCUUUGAAGGAUUGUAUAUAUACCUCUUGACCACGUAGAAACCAUGUAGGGGUCUCUAGCUAAUUCUGUGGAUGGCAGCCAGAGCAUGUUAGCUUAAGAAAAAUGUUGUGUGUGGUGCUCUAGUCAUCUGUGGUGGACAUGUCGCUGUUACCGAAUCCGCACCAAAUAGUUCUCAUUGAGUUUCUUGUUUUGGUGCCUGACUGAACCAACCAACGACAGCCCGAAUCUUCCCGUCUUUACGAGAGAAAAGGAAAAAGGAAUCAAAGGUGAAGAAAAAAGCCAAAUCCUGUUUACGGUGAAAAAGGAUGAUUUUUUUUCACCCAGGUUGGGAGGCGGGAGGGGGUUCUCGUUUUGUUUUUGUUUUCUCUUGGCUUUUGUUUUUCUCAUGUUUACAGUGCACGGAGCGUGGAGGGGCGUCCAGGAAAGAGGAGGACUGGAAAAGGAGCAGAUGGGGACUUAGAUGGGCCUCGGAGGGGCUCAGCCGGGGUUGGGAAGGCAGCAUUUGAGUAGGCGAAGGGGAGAGGUCUGUCUUGAAGGAGGGCUCCCCACUUCCAGAGCCCAUCUACUUAGCUCCAACCAUCCCCCCCCUCCCCCCAGUUCCACAUUGAACCAGGAGGCGUCAGCUUUCAGCCAGAGCUGCCCCAGGUUCCUCGGAGCCAGGAUACCCCUGCUCACGCCAGCUUCUUCCUUUUGGCUGUGCUUAUGCCCUGUCGCAAAGAGGCCAUUUGGCCACUGCCUCUCUAAUGCAAAAAAUCAACCAGAUGCUAAAGGUAAAGUAGCAUAGGUGAUGGACACCUGGUCUUGGCCAAAGUGCUCUCAGCUAGCGCGCAAGGGCUGAGGUCAAACACCGUGGACCUCGAGGAGGACCUUGAGCUUCCUUUGGAAUGUCUCAAAUCCUGAUGAAGUCCCUCAGAGAUGGCCCUGGCCCAGAGACCACCUUGGCUGGGUUUGGGAGGCCCUGUGUUCCUAGCCUCUGGCUCUUUCUCUUUAAUAACCUUGGGCAAGUCCCUUUCUUUCUCUGUGCCUCAGUUUCCUUCUCCUUACAGUGGGGAGAAACAACAGUGCAUCCCCAUUUCCACCUCUUCUACCUCACCUAGAUGUUGUGAGGAUUAACACUCUGCCCAACGCAUUCUGUGCUCUCUCCUGGGAACUUCCCUGGGGUUUAGGGAUGGGGGUGGUGGGAGACAAGACCUGGAAGUUCCAAGUGACACCAUACAGUGUGUUUUUCUGAACCACUCCAUAAUUUUUCUGAAUCUCAAAGGGAGCAGAGAGAUGGGAGGACAAGAGAAUGGAGAUGCGAAAGUCCACCAAAUUCCAACCCCAACCCAACUUUCUUUGUCCAUCUGUGGAAAACACCAGCUCAGCUAGAAUUCUGCUCUCUUCCUUUGGCUCUCCUGCUCACUCCUUCUCUCUCGCAUUUGCACUGCCCUCAGAGCCUCCCCCUCCCCUCACCCCUUGCCCCAGUCUCAAUGCCUUUAUAUCAGUAAGAGAAGACUAAGGGGAACAGGAUACUUAUCACAUGUAUGAAGAAAUUCCAUAAGGUUAAGAAAAUUUGAGUCUGCAUUUUUGCUUACAAAGGGUAAAACCAGGACCAAUGGGUAAAAAUGAUGGGGAGGCAGAUUUUGGCUUGAGGUAGAACCUUCUAGUACAUGUGGAGCUGUCAGGUGGAGGGAUGGCUGCUCUGGACACCUGCAGGCAGAGAGUGGGGGUCAUGGCUUCUGGAAGGAGGGUUACUCAAGGAUCUCACUCAGCCCAAGACCAUCUGUACCGAGUACCUGCCAGUGCAGGUUCUGGAGGAGACAACAGCCAGGGAGACGACAUCCCUGGCCUCCAGGAGCUUACAGUCCAGUUGAGGAGCUAAGGCAGUAGUGCGCAAAGGGUGGCUAGUCUGAUCCGAGGUUAAUGGCACGAGCAUUGUACUGUCCCAUUCAGUGGUUGCAGUGUGUGAACAGUGUCUCCUGGGCCAACGGCUGGAGAGCCCAUGAGUGGGAAAGUACUUGUCAGGAUUUUGGAGAGAGCUAGUUACUAGCAGCCCCAGGAAGUUGGGAACUCUCCUUAACCCUGCUUUGACCCAGAGGUAGGCAGGGUGGUCCAGGGAAGGUCACUCCCCACUUAGUCUCAGUCCUUUGUUCUUCUCUCCCAGGCUGGCUUGCAAGGCCAGCAGGUGGUGGGUUGGUGGGGAGGCCGGAGGGAACGGGAGCUGGUGUCUGGCUUCCGUCUUGGCUCUUGACUGACAAGUGGGCAGCUCUAGAACCUGCCUCCUUCUCUCUGGGCCUCAGUUUCCUCAGCUGCACACAAAGAGGUUGGAUUGGAUGCUUGCUAAAUUUCCUUCCAACAAUCACAUUCUCUGAUCCUCCCUAACAUCAACACAUUUUUCAAGGUGGGAGAGCUCUGUGCCCACCAAGCUGUUGACAACAACCUUCCCCGAAGGCACUAAUGCCUGUAUCAUAGGCUGAGAGUGGGAUGGGUCCCCUCCUCCCCCCAGUUCUCUGCAGGCUCCCUGAGUGCCCCAGGCUAACGUUAGCCAGUGAGUGGGGUGAAGGUCACCCAGAGGGGAGAGGUCAGCUCUGACUUUGCGGGUAGAUCCUGGAGCCCCCCAUGCCCAUCUCUCUGGGGCCCUCCUACCUUGCCGGUGGGCACCUCCCAGCCACCCGCUUCCUCAGCAGGCAGCCAGGCGGGGUGAGAAGAGAGGAGAGGGGUCUGUGCUUCCCCUCCCUCGACGUCCGGGAGCCUGGGAAGACUGGAGAAGAGGCAGGCUUUGGCUUCAGCCCCCUGUCGUCCUUCGACCCCUUCUUGACUGAGACGCAUGAGUGCCUUCUGGGGCGACAGCUGCCCCAGGAUUCCAGUUGGGCCUCCUGCCGCAUUGCAGCCCUGGCCGCAGCGGGUCGCCAAGGACGCCAAUCUUCGAAACCCACAAACCCAGGCCACCUGGCGCGGCGGGGGCGGAGCCUGGGCUCCUCCUCCAGCUGGGCCCCUGGCCCAGCCCUCGCCCCCUACCCGUGGCGGGACUCAAGCUCCUCUUCUGCAAAUGUUUCCAGCCUCCGUGCAAGUAUUCUUAACUCUUUACGCCUAAUGAACAAGCACAGUUUUUUCAACGGUGAAGAAAAAGCACCAGAUUUUUUUUUCCUGAAGAAAUCCCCCAAGCCCCCGCCUACCGGCGGGACAGACACUCCCCGCGUGGGGCUGUAGCAACGUCUGUCAGGUCCCCCCCUCGUGUUUCAUCUCCUGCGCGCGCGUAGAGCAAAUGCUAGAGCGAUUUCAGCUGAUAGAAAAACAAAAAUGAAAAAAAAAAAAAACACAAAAAACAAAAAACAUGGCACGUUGCUAGUUUACAGGGUUUUGUGAGUUUAAAUGCCUUAUAUUUAACAAUCAUAAUUUAUGACUAACUUGUAGAUAUCGUGGGUUCUUAUUUAAUUAUUUUUAUAGUUGUUUUGCAUUUUUAAUUAUAAUUUAUUUAUUUAGAAAGGAUACUAAUUUUUUUUAUUACUCCUAUUACCUCAUUUUGGCGUUGUUUCUGGGAGUGGAAUGCUUUGCAUGCAUUGGUACGAUGACAAACAACUACGAAUACAAAAAAAAAAAAAACUUAAAUAAAA